GGGGGUGUGAGAGUCGUUGGUGUUUACUGGGUGUGAGGGAGAAGAGGCUUGUGGAGGAGUGAAGGAACGGCGGCUCGUCUCCGUCCGCAACUUUCGGCCCUGGAGCUUCCCGCGUUCGGAAGCUCUCCGCCGUUAUGGGGCUCCGCAAGAAAAGCAAGAGCCCGCCAGUCCUGAGCCAUGAGUUCGUUAUCCAGAACCACGCGGACGCCGUGUCCUGCCUGGCGAUGGGCCUCCUCCUGGGGCUCAUGUUCGAGGUAACAGCCAAAUAUGCCAUCAUGUUUAUUACUGUUCAGUACAAUGUUACCUACACUACAGAUGAGAGGCCUGAGCCAGUUCAUUUCUAUGAGUAUGGUUCAAAAGACAUGGCCACCAUCUUUUUCUACAUGCUUAUAGCCAUUAUUCUGCAUGCAGUGAUUCAGGAAUACAUACUAGAUAAAAUUAAUAGACGACUUCACUUGUCAAAAACAAAACAUAGCAAAUUCAAUGAAUCAGGGCAACUAGCAUUUUUCUACUUGUGUUCAUUUGUAUGGGGAGCAAGCAUUUUGUCUGCAGAAAAAUUCACAACAAACCCAACUUUGUUGUGGAAAGAUUACCCUCAUUCUCACAUGUUUUUUCAGGUUAAAUUCUUCUAUAUCUGCCAAAUUGCCUAUUGGGUACACGCACUGCCAGAACUCUACUUUCAAAAAAUAAGAAAGGAAGAUAUUCCAAGACAGUUACACUAUAUUUGCCUUUAUAUUGCCCACAUUUCUGGUGCCUACAUUUUGAAUCUUCAACGUUUGGGUCUAAUUUUGCUGGUACCUCAUUACCUUGUGGAACUUAUUUUUCAUGCCUCACGACUUUUCUACUUCAGUGAUGAGAAUAAGCAGAAAGGAUUUACCCUGUGGGCUCUACUAUUUGUCAUGGCUCGUCUUCUGACCCUAACGUUGUCAGUUCUCACAUUUGGAUUUGGUCUGGCAAGAGCAGAAAAUCCUGGCUUUUCAAUAGCAGAAGGAAACUUUAACAUACUCACUAUUAGAAUUAGCUGUCUGGCUGCAAUUUGUUUAACCCAAGCUUGGAUGAUGUGGAAAUUCAUCAAUUUUCAGUUAAAGAAAUGGAGAGAACAUAUACAAAACCAAAUUCCUAAGAAAAAAAUAAACAUAAAGAUUAAACCAACAAAAAAGGAAUUGUGCAGAGCUAACUUUGUCAAUGGAGCAGUCAAAUUUGAAGAGGGCACAUCACCUAGAAAAAGAAAAUCAAAAUUUUUGUGAGGAGCAUAUAUCCAAAGGACAAUGAUUUAACAGAAAACUUUGAUUAUUAAGUUCCAUCAUGACACAGAGAGACUAUCUGACUGUUUUGGCUAAAGGACAGUGGUUGAAAUAAUAUAUUUUUAAACUUAUGUUCAUAAAAAAAAAACUUAAGACAACCAUAUUUCAUCAUGAGUUUAGCUUAUUUAACAUUGUGAUACAUCUCAACUAUUUCAGUUUUUGAAAAUGGAAUGUGUUGUCGUAUUUUCACACGUAAGUACAAUACUGCAAUGUUAGGGGAACAGGUACAUGGCUUACAAACCACAUCUCUUAUUUGGAACUUUAAAAUAUAAUAUUUCAGUUUAUAAAAAGUAGUUUUUUUUAGAAACCUUAAUUUCUGGAUUUAGAGCUAAAGACGUUUCUUUUUGUGCAAAACCUUUUCUAAAUAAUACUGUUCUCUUUAUUAUACUGCUGAUUAUGUCUCUUUUUUCAGAGGCAAUUUUAUGUUUUUUCUAUUUUAAAAGUUCAUUAAGUUCUGAUACAUAUUUGGUUAAAGCAAUGUUUAAACUGAUGAAACUGAUCAUCUUUGAAAACAGUCUGUUCAACAUUGGCUGCAAGGUGAAUUUGAAGAAUGACUGCCAAGUAGGAAUUUAAGGCCAAAUUUUGCAGAAUUAGUCUCCUGAUCUAAUCUGAGACUCCAAAUAGCAAGAUUUAUAUAAAUGACUUUUUUCUGUAGAUAAAUGGGACAAAUGGAAGUCUAGGUUGCAAUCCUGAAAGUAUAUUCUAAGCUCAAUAGGGCUACUUUAGAAUUUUAGCAGUUGGAAAGUUAGAACAAGUUCACAUGCAGCAAACAACCCCAUUGUUUGUUAACCAUGCGUUGUUUGGCAGCAGGUGGGAGUAAUAAUGCUGGCUUGCCCACUUUCAUUCUGCUCAAUGAACCAUCCUGGGUGGUUGUCUAUGACGAGCAAACUCAGAACUCUGGGUUGUUGUGGGAGAAACAAACCUGAAUUUAAACCCAUGCUUAACAAAUUAGAAUCUUUCAGUUAACAAAUUGGAAGCGGACAAGUGGUCCAGACCCCACUUGCUCAUUCCCAUGUGUUGGUUAUUGCGCUACUUAGAAAUGUAAUAAAUAAACCAUGGGUUAUUUGUGUGUGAACCAGGUCAUAGAGCCGUUGUACUUCUUGCUAUUGCUCUUUCCCUAAAAUCCCUGUAGCACCAGCAGCCACUUAAGAAAAAAAGAUAAGUAUGUUAAUUGUAGCUUUUCCUGCCUUUCAUUUGGAUUAUCUAAAAGGGUUUAACGUUUAUUAGUUCCUUAAAUAGGCCAUGCUGUUGGAAGGUACCACGGAAGUUGAUUAAAGUCAGUAAGGAUGUAAAUCCUUUAUAUGUUUAUACAGAAAGUCUACAUGUGUUUUGGAUUGAGUCCUAAGGCACUGUAGAGCAACCUUCAACAACGUGGUGCCUCCAGAUGUUUUGAACUUCAACUCCCAUCAGCCCUAGACAGCAUGACCAAUGGUUCAGAGGGCUUCACGUUGAGGAAGGCUGCUAUAGAGGUUCAAUCCAUAUACUAUUAAAACUCCCAAUAAUUACAAAAGUUCUGGUUUAUCUCUAGCCUUGCCAUAAGCUCAAGGGUUUCUCUACUCAAUUCAGUGUAGACUCUAUGUAAAGUGAAUGGAGCUGUCCUAACUCUGCACUCAGUAGAGAAGCUUUUGCACACAUAAAAGCUCUGUGCUUAUUGAAAUAACCUCACGUAUAACAAACCUUAAGGAUAGUUCAUCCCGGUCCUUCAUUGGGAGGACAACAGUAAGGUGCUGAAGCUGAUAUGCCCUUGUUUCAUAUGCGCACCAACAAUCUGAUCGGGUUUUGGUGGCACACAGUGGCUCGUUAUAGGUUUUUUAAUCCAUGAUAAUCUGUGGUGCCUGCAGAUGCCAACUUGCAUAUGAAACCCCCACUCGGGGGUUGUUGUGCUGUGCAUACCUGGUGAACGUAGGUUAUGCAAGGUUUAAACAACUCUCACAUAACCCUAAAACAGACCAUAUGUUAUGUGAGGGUUGUUUAACCUUUGUAUAACCCACACUUGCCAGGUUUGCAUGACACAACACCCCUGCGCAAGCGUUGCAUAUUCCUAAAGGCAGCUGCAUGCAUCCAAGCUUCACCGUGAGACAAUCUACAGCAGUCUGUCAUGUCGUCUGAACAGCCCCUCUGUGUCUGCUUUUAAUUCAGAUAAAGAACAUCCUUCACCAUCCUAAACCACAUACGUUGGCUAUGAGAAGUUAUGGUUGUUUUUAAUUUUCAUGCAAGCUGUUAUUGAAAGACAAGGUUUGCCACUUCAGUGCUAAACAUCAGGAAAACAGUACAGGUCUAUUGUGGUAUUGGCAAACUUAAUGACUGGUUCAGAAAUCAAGAUAUCUGCCUCAGUCCAAUAGUAAAAUUACACCUCCUGACCAAAAUCCUGUGAGAAACAUUCUCAUUCUCUAAAUCAUUCUUUAUUUCUCAUUAGCAUUCAAUAAACUGUUCAAUCACAUUGAAUUGUAUUUAGGUAUUGCCGGAUAGGAAAAAAAUAGUUCUUUUGAUAUGAGUAAUGAUAUUUUUUGUAUAUUACUUAACAUAGUUGUAUAAUUUGUAUGCAAAAUGCUAUUCAGGAUUUGAGCCAAUUUUUCUCAUUUGCUAGGCUGUUCCUGUGUGCAAAUUAACUAGGAUUUUGUCUGAUGUUUCAUAAUCCUGUAUAUUUCUACUUAGAAUGUUUCACCAUGGAACUACAAUAUAUUUUUUUAUGGCUUUAAUAAAAUUAGUUUGUAUGA